GCGCCCUCGAUCUAAUACGACUCACGUGCGUCCUGGACACGGCAGCUCUUGGACCCAUCAACAGGACACAUACUACACUUGCCCUUCUGUCUGCUGCUUAUACAACACCUUCACAUUUCCGGUUUAACUACUGUUAAUUCGCUUGCGCCACUGGUCGAGAAUACAACUAUUAACGGCAAUAUUUCGUCUCCUCACUUCGGAUAUCAUGCAGAAUUCAAAAGUAGUUCAGGAUGCGGUUCAUGGUAUGAUUGAGUUGGAACCACUGGCCAAAUUGAUUGUUGAUACACCGGAGUUUCAGAGAUUGAGGGAGAUACGUCAGCUGGGACUUGCACACCUAGUUUUUCCCAGUUGCCAGCACACGAGAUUUGAGCAUUCAAUCGGAACCUACCACAUGACCAAACGUCUUGCAACAGCAAUAAACUGCGACGCAGCCUACAUUGGUCCUCGGAUGACUAGUGAAGAGCUGUUAGCACUCAAAAUUGCGGCCUUAUGUCACGAUCUUGGCCAUGGACCUUUUUCUCACACUUGGGAAGUGUACAUCAAACACGGCGGCAUUGAAUAUAGAAAGUACAAGCAUGAGAAACUUAGUUGUCUAGUAUUGGAACGGAUUGUCAAGACAAAUUCUGCGAUUCGUGAACAUUUUGCUGCAGCCAACAUAGAUUUGGAUCUAGUGAAGAGUCUAAUUUUGGGAAAGCCACUUAAAAAUGAUCAGAAGAGUAUUGCGCACAAUCCAUUCAUAUACGAAAUUUUGUCCAACAACGCCAAUGGAAUGGACGUGGAUAAGUGGGAUUAUCUACUCAGAGAUUGCUUGCAUGCCGGCUUAGGCCAAGGAUGCGCAGCGGUUGAUUUGGAUCGAUUUAUGCACUUUUGUCGACCAGCUCCUCACCCACUGGAAGACGAAUCUUACUCUGAUGCUACUAAAUGCGAAUGGCACCUAUCGUUUCGGGACACAGAGUUGGAAAAUGUUUUGAGAACAUUUGGUCUACGGCAGCACCUGCAUCAAAAACUGUACCAGCACAAAACUGUGACAGCGAUUUCACACAUGGUGAUGGAUGCUUUGGAAUUGGCAGAGCCCCUUCUCAAAUUGAGACACAUCAGUCUGCAAGCAUUCAAAGCCGAGAGUCCAAGUGAACUUGAUGCCUUUCUUCGGCUGCACGACUCAAUCCUGUGGGACAUUUACCACCAACGUAUUUAUUCACUCAGUGCUACUCAAAUGGCAAGUCAGCUGGUAGAAGCCUCCGAGCUGAUCCAUCGUAUCCUCACGCGCCAACUUUACGUGUACAUAGACAGUGUGUUUGAGGUGCACACAGGAAGUUCGACUAUGCCGUCUCGUAAGGGGUCCGCAAGUCUAGCGACAAACCGUUUGACCAACAACUUGCAUUCUGUGGUCGCGUGCAUGAGUGCACGGGAGCCAUUCUUGAGUGAAACGCUUCCGAGUGACUGUCGUAUUGUUGGACAACUUACUUAUCUUCAGACUCGGAAAGUAUUCUGUGCUCAAUACGACGAAAAUCCUCAGGAUACAGCUACCAUGAUUUUGGAUGAAAUUUACGCCCGACUACCACGAACCACCGUGAUAAAGGAUAAAUCCGAACUGUUAGUGGCCAAAUCCAGCUUCACAUCAAACAGCACGCUCCAUGCGCCGGAAUUCUACUUCUACACCAGAAAUGGCCGAACAUUUGUCUAUGAGGAACCUUUACGCGUUGUUCACGCAUACCGACUGUAUUGGCGAGGAUAUCGGUGUCAAGACUCCCAAGUGAAUACGGACGCGUCCAAAGCCAUUCUUGAUCUUUCAGAAGCGUUCGAUUCAUGGCAUCGAGACAAAGUCGGGGACCGAUACCCCAAGACUUCAACACACGGAUGUUAACAGUCACGCGGAUCAGAUGCAAUACGUCUUUCAUUCCCGCCACAUAAAAGACAUGCCGACGACCCAAGAUUCCCUCAAAACUAUUCCGCUCGUUUUUGCUACACAUGUUAAAGCACUCGAAAACGUAACUUUUCCGGCUUUUUAUUACACAGCUGUGUGUGUUCGGUCUGCUUCCCAUCCGAGAAAUUGU